GUAUUUAACUUAGGUACAGGUGAACGUACGUUCGUUAGGAAUAACUACACCGUGAUCUGUGUUUCUUCCAUGAUCGAACAAGGGAUUUUUACAACGAUGGGAAUAGUUGCAAGUCGAUGAGCUUGUGCGUUGCGUGAUACCUGAAUAUCUAUUACUUCUCACAUUCAACUGCUUCCCUGUGCUAGCUUUCGUGAAUGCUGACCAGCAAGGUCUACGGUCGCUGCUAGGAUUCCACGGAAGGGAGAGUAAAUAGUUGACAACGCGUGACCAGCACAAGGAGGCUAGCCAGCAUCUGGUACCAUGAAUCCUCGCUCGGCAGGCGCAUACGAUACGUUUCCUAGUUUGAGCGGUGGAAUCGGAGCUGGUGGCUUUGGCCUGCGGCAGUUCGAAAACUCGCUGGACCGCAUUGUGAACGGUCGGAAAGCGCAAGAUAGGCUGGACAGCGAGGGCUCAAGCACUCCUUACAAUAACCGAUUCCAGUUCUUCAACAGCAAGCGCAGCAGCACCGUUGUGGAGUCCCCUCCCAGCGACAUUGCCUCUCGGGAGGAUUCCCUGGUCAAAGCAUGGCGCACGGUUUCGGAGAUCGACGCGCUUUUAGGGAGCGACUUCCGUCCAUCCUCAUCCACCGCGGGCUUGCUGCCCACUUGUGCCGAGGCCAUGGAGGAAGACGAGCAGCGGCAGCUGGGAGGGGAUGACAACUAUGACAAGGUCAAAGAGCGGCUGAGCAGCGAGCUGGAGGCAGCACUGCACGUCUCCCUCACCUUCAAAGAGCGACUCAGCAGGAGGGAGACCUCGGUGGGAGCUCGCAGCAGCAGCAGCAGCAGCAGGCGGGGCCCCCCCUGCUGUAGCUCCUCCGCUGCCGCUGCCGUACGUCCUGCCGUACAUGCUGCUCUCGAUCCCGUACCUGCCGUAUUCCACUACAGCACCUCCCACCUGGAGGCGGCGGCGGCAGCAGCAGCAGCCCCCUCCUCCGAGGUGCUGUCCGGCUGCCUCUCCUCGGGUUUGGUGAGCUUCAGCCUCAGUCUGGACCCAGAAGGGGAGCUGGCAGGGGAAGCAGCUGCAGGAGGGGAGAUGACCGGGGCUGCAGGAGAAGCAGCAGCAGCAGCUGGAGAGGAGCUACCCGCAGGAGCAGCAGUAGCAGCAGGGGGAACAGGCGGAAGGGCGCUGGCAGGAGGCGUAGGAGCUGGUGCUGCCCCUGCUGCCCCUGCUGCUGCCAGCGCGCAUGAUGAGCAUGCGGGUGCUGUUGCCUCAGGCAGCUGCUGCUGCUGCCCUCGUGAUGAGGAAGGAGGUAUUGGCGGGGGUGAGGGUACCGCUGCUGCCACCAGCGGCAGUGGGCGGUACAGCACUAGCGGAGGCGG